GCAUCGGUGUCCAAUUGAAACAUUUGUGUUAGUAUUUUCGGGACCGUUUUUGCAGCUUUGUGCAUGUUUUGCUGAAAUUUAGUUUCAGUCUACUAGUGAAAUUCUUAGUGAACAGAUCGCCAAUACUAGGCGAAGUGCGCGUUGGUUUAAGCUAGAGUGUUAAUUUAGCAGCACGGAAGCAAAAUGCUCAAACUGAGUGUUUUUGCUUUGCUGCUUGUGUCAUCUUCAGUCCGAGCUGAUAAUGGAGGCACGUAUAGCUGUUAUUCUGGGAAGAAAGAGUGCAAAUUGACAAAUCUGAAGUUCGAAUCCCGUGAAGAGGUGGAAAGCAUUACCAUUGAUGGCGGAAAUGGACCAUUUUUGGAUAUUGAGUUUGCGGAUUCUUCGUUCCCGAUUGUUCCCCCGUCGCUGUUUCGUGAUAAUGACAAUGUUCGCUCACUUUCUGUGAAAGAAUGCGAAAUUGAGGCGGUUGAUGCGAAAACUUUUAUGAAUGCUAGAGAGUUAAAAUUUCUUAAAAUUCAAAAGAACUGGAUACCAAAGUUAUACAACGACUUGUUCAAGGAAACAAAACUGGCAAAAGUAAAUUUUGGAAAUAAUCGGAUCUCAGAGAUUGAAGAGUUCGCAUUCAGAGGAUGCAGAGAUCUGGAUACUCUAAGAAUGUCGAAAAACAGAAUUAAGGUCCUCCCUGCUCAGCUGUUUUCCGGGUUGAAGUUGCUGGAAGAUUUGCAUCUAGACCACAACAGGAUUGAAGUAUUGGAAGAAUUUUUAUUCCGUGACUUAAGCAAUCUACAAGACUUAGAUUUGGAACACAAUUUUAUUCAAGCGCUCAAGCCGAACACUUUCACCGGUUUAUCCAACCUGAGGAAGCUUGUCUUGAAAGAAAAUGAGCUAUCAUCAAUUGAUCCUCAAGCAUUUAACCCACUGUCCAAUUUAGUAGAACUUGAUUUGGAGGAAAACAACAUCCAGGUGAUUGCUCCGGAAACUUUCGCCAGGCUAACCUACCUCAAAGAGCUUGUACUGACCGAAAACUAUAUCGAAGAGCUGGAUGAUCGCGUUUUCAGUCAAAAUGGAAUGUUGCAAACGCUGGUUCUGAAUAACAAUUCCAUAGAAGAGUUGAGACCUGCUUUGUUCGCUCGUUUACCCAGACUGGAGCAGCUUUCGAUUCAAUUCAACGAACUGGCAAAAUUGGAUGAUAAUUUAUUCUCCAGCAAUCAAAACUUGGAAACCCUAAACUUUGAAGGCAACGUCAUCGGUCAGAUUUCGCCACGAGCAUUCGUCAACCUAAGGCGUUUGGAAAUAUUGGACCUGGACGAUAACAAUAUCGCUUCACUUGAUGGAGGAAUCUUCAGCGAUUUGAGUGGACUAGAAAAACUAUUUUUGGAAAACAACCUACUAAGAGAUUUACGAGGUGGAUCACUGCGUGGAGCUAGCAAUUUGAGAAAACUUUAUCUGAACGACAAUUUAAUUCGGAAUAUCGAUGCAACGUUCUUCAACGAUGUGCCCCAGUUGAAAAGUCUCUCUCUGGAAGACAAUCUGAUUGAUGAGAUUCCGAAGAAUUUGUUCUCGAAUUUAGGUAGAUUGGAGGAACUCUCAUUGAGUGAUAACAAUCUGGUCGAUUUAGAUGACGACGUAUUUCGUGGGGUUGCUGGAUCUUUGCAAGAGCUAUACCUAACGAACAAUAAGCUGACUAGUAUCAGAUCAUCCACGUUGAAUCUAGGAUCUCUUGAAUAUCUAGAACUUGCAGAAAACUAUUUGGAUAAUUUGCCACGCAAUGCUUUCGAAAAUUUAAGACGAUUAGAGUCGCUAGAUGUGGAUGAUAACAAGUUCAGUAGGAUUCCAGAGGCUAUUCGUGGAUUGUCUAGUCUGAAGGAUUUGGAAAUAGCGGGCAAUCGAAUUACACAACUAGAUACUCAAAUUCUUAGUUCACUUCAAAAUCUCAAAGAGCUGGAUUUAUCUGACAAUCGUUUGGUCGAUAUCCCAAUGGAUGCUUUCAAUAACAUGAGAAAUCUCAAGGAACUUUAUAUAGAUGAAAAUAGAAUAAGAAAAAUUUCAGAUAGCACCUUCAUUCAAAAUAGAAAUCUUGAAAAGCUCGAUCUGAGCAAAAACGAAAUUGCCGAGUUGAGUCAAAAAAUGUUCACUGGACUGUACAAUCUGGAAGAACUAGACCUGAGCGAUAAUUCAAUUCAGCGCAUAGAUGAUAACGUUUUCAAAGAUUUGUCCAGGUUAGAGUCUCUAUCACUGCGAAAUUCAUCUAUAAACCAGAUUUUUGGUAGUCCUUUUCUGGGACUUUCUGCGUUGGAAAAACUUGAUUUGGACUCAAACUCACUAAAAGAGCUGAACGAUGGGAUAUUCCGAGGUCUGGAGAGUAUGGAAGAUUUGUACUUAAAUAACAAUCCACUGAUUAACAUUCAACCAAGUACUUUCGAUCAAAUGGGGAAUCUUCAAGUGCUGAGCCUUGGACCCAAUGAUGUAGCCAGCUUUGGCAAAGACCUGUUUCGGUACUCUCUUCGCUUGGAGGAGCUUUAUGUCAGUGGAAUAGAGUUUAGCUCUUUGCCCAGGGGAAUUUUCCGUCCUACGCGCAAAUUGGAAGUGCUGUCGAUCAACAACAACGAGAAAUUGACAACGAUUGACAAAGACUGGUUCAAAGAUCUUCCAAAUUUACGUGUACUCAACAUUGUGAACAACAGUAUUUCAAAUUUCCAACCAGGAGUGUUCGAUGAUGCUGAGGAUUUGGAAGAUCUUUUUCUGUCUGAUAAUACCGUGCAAUCGUUGGAUGUGAAAUUAUUUGCGAAACUUCUUCGACUGGAAGCGCUAGAGCUUGCAGGAAUGACCUUACAGAAUUUGCCCAUAGGCGUUUUCGAUAAUCUUGUGGACUUGGAACUAUUGGACUUAAGCAGAAACAAUUUAAACUCUAUUGAUGAAAAUAUUUUCCGAAGCCUUAUUUCACUCCAAGAACUAUCUCUUUCCGAUAACGGAAUCAGCUCGCUCAGUAAUGGUUUGUUCCGGGGACUCCGAAACCUCAACGAGAUAGAUCUUAGCAAAAAUGAACUGAGUGCAAUCGAUCCAAAUCUUCUUCGUGAUUGUCUGAAUCUGGAAACAUUGAGCUUAUCAGGAAAUCGUUUUGUGGCAUUCGAUCUUUCAAAAAUGAGUUUUGCAAAAACUUUAGAAGAGUUGGAUAUUUCACAAAAUAUGCUUACCUCACUAGUUAUUACAGAAGAUCUCUAUCUAAUGAUUGCCGAUGAUAAUCAAAUCAAUUCGAUCACAACAAAUCCUUCUCCUGCUUACAAUCUGGAGGUAUUAUCUCUAUCGAACAAUCGCAUCUCGGACAUAACUCCGAUACUCCGCUUCAGCAACCUUGAGUCAUUAAAUAUUUCCCAAAACGACCUCCCACAGUUUGAAUUAGGACGAUUGACCAACGCGUUAGAUGAAUUAGAAGUUCUCAAUAUUUCAAGCUGCAAGAUAUCUUCCCUUAAUACACAAGAUCUAACAACCCACGAAUCUAUUAUCACAUUGGAUAUCUCGGACAACGAACUACCGACGUUGGAUUUCGAUAUGAUCAGAAAUUUCCCGGAUGUGGAAAUGAUUGCGCUCGGUGGCAACAGAUUUGAUCGAUUGGAUUUCGAUAAACUGUUGGAAACUUGCAAAGACUUGGAGCAGCUGGGGCUGCAGGGCACGGAAUGGGACUGCGCAUUGUUGGACCGAGCUGCACACACAUUGCAAGACAAUGAUGUACAGUUCUGGAACAUAAGAGCUUUGGAAUCUUGUCAGAAAAGAGAAAUUAAUGGAAUUUGUUGCAAGUAGUCUAUGAUAAAAAUAUUAGUCUUGAACUGGUUCGUGUGUGUAAAGUAAAAUGAAUAAUUAAUGGCUUUUCUCUGAUUAUUUCAACGUGCGUGUUGAAAAUAAAACCUCAUCUGAUAGAAGUUAUCACAUAUCUUUCCAAAAGUUCACACUGUGCGAUUUGUUCCACUUUUUAUUGUUCUCUGCGAGUGAAAGACGGAGAUAGAAUCCAAUAUCCAGUAGCUUUGAUUUAUUGUCGAAAAUAAACCAUUUUUUGUAGCUCAUCAAUGAA